GACAACCCAUCCAACAUUUGACCCCUCUUUUUCAUCAAGUUUAAAAGCCACACUUCUUCUUACAAUCUCAGAUUUCUCAACCUCAGAGCCCCUAAUUCUUCAUCAGAUCUCUCGAGUUUGAAGAAAAUACAAGCAAGAAUGGAGGGUGAGGCACCGAGCUGGGCAGAUCAAUGGGGUGCUGGAGGAAUUGGUGCUAUGGUCGAAGGUGACAGUACCACAGCAAAGAAAGAUGGUAGCGACAAGAAGAAAGGCAGCGGGAAAGAUGGGUUCAGUAAAGCCAAGGAUGCUGCUUUGAAGGGAGCCAAGAAGUUGAUGAUGAAGAUGGGAGUGUCAAAGGGAAAGAAAAGCAAGAAAAAUGAUUCCUCUGAAUGAAUCAUGAAUAUGGCAGAAACAGUACAAUGUUUUAUUCUUUAUUCCAAUAUAUUUUUAUUAGUCUAUUGAACUUGGCUUAGAUGUGUUCUUUUUCUCACUUAUGAGGAAACAAUCUUAUCUUGUUCAAAGCCCUCACAAAAUCAUGUCAUUCAUAUUCCUGAAAUACAUGACAUCAAUGCUA